UCUUUCUUUCUCCUGAAAAAAUAUUAAUUAAGAAAGAGAAUCCAAUCUCUUUCUAAUGGAUUCUCCUAGUUCAACCCUUUUUUUUGGUUGAGAAAUCGUUUUUUUUUUUUUUCGAUUUCAAAACUCGCAAUGUCAAGCGGGAGGCUUUGCGGCUUCACGCCGAUAACCUUCUGUCGAAAGAUCACAAAGUUGCAGGUCGCAAGAGGGCUAGCUCUAAAAAGGCUUAUUAGAGGAAAACACGAAUUUAGACGAACAGCAACAUCAAAGAACAAUGUUGAUCAGAAAAAGAAUAAUAAAGAGAUCAAACGCACAGCUUCACAAAUAUCUUCUGUUGUCGAAGCUUCUCCAAAGAGUUUGCAUUCUACAAAACAUGUUCCUACUCCCCGUGGGGCGGCAUCUCCUAUAUCGGCAAAGAAUGCAAAGAAUCAAGUGAAUCCACCGAAAAAUAACAAUUCGGAUGGUUCUUCGCCAAAAUGUAUGGCAAAUUUCAUCUUGAUGGUGGAACUAAGGAAGAACAUCUUUGCUUUCAGAGAUAUGAUUGAUUUACCUUCUCUUGAUGGUUCUCUAUCUGUCACCGAGAUUAUAACACAAACAAUGAAGGAUUUACAAAAGCUUUCUCCUGAGAUUGUAACCAUUAAUCAAUCUUUUGUAAUGGAAGGAGCUGACAUGGAUAAGAUGUUGAUUUUCUUCUAUGAAGAUCUCAGAGCUAUUGGGGAUUCUUGGAUUAUGGAUAGUGACUGGAUUUAUCGAUCCAAGUACAAAAACAGUGGUGUUGGCAAGAAUAAGUCUGAUCGUUUAGUGGAGCAUGUAUUAGCAGCUCUUGAUGGACUAAUCAAGACGACAAGAGAAAGGUUCGGUAUGAUGGAUCAUGAAUCUGAAGGAAGAAAGAGUUUUACACCAAAGGGUGUUUCAUCGGAAGCAAGAAGAAGCUUUACAAGAUCUGUUUCUUAUUCAGAAAGUAACAACUCUUUUUACCCAUCUCCAUUAACACCAAGAUCAGUACUUCCGGGGACAAUGCUAAUGUCUAGUAGUAACUCAACAUCUCCAAGUCUUUGGAACUUGAGAGCUCAAGCUUUGGAUAGGUUAAGCCCUGUUGAUUUGAAGCGGUUUGCUAUGCAGAUCUUGUCACAAAGAGACUCAGAGAGUGUUAAUGAGAUGAAGAUUAGUAUCGAAGAAGAAAACGAAGAGAGUGAUACAUCAUUAGUAGAAAAGGAAGAAGAAGAAGAAGAAGAUAAUGAUUCCUCUGUUUUCGAAACAGAGAAGCAUGAUAUUGAAACAGAGGAUCAUAGGGAAGGUUCUGGAACAGAGCAUGAGACUGAAGCAGAGCAUGAGAUUGAAGAACAUAAUCACAUCGAUGGUUCUGACACAGAGCCUGAGAUUGAAACAGAGCAUCAUCUUGUAGGUUUUGAAACAGAGGACCAUAGUGAAACCACAACUUCAGAGACUAACUCAAUAGACUAUUCUCAAAAAGAAGAAGAAUCAGUACCUCGAUCGCCUCCACCUCCGCCACUUCCAUCACCGCAAUCGCCGUCACCAAUGGCCUCAAUGUUAAACGACAAAUCUACUCUUCCCUCGCAACCACCACCCCCACCUCCAUCACCACAGUCUGAACUCAAAACUCCGGCUCCUCCACCGCCACCACCUACGUCAAAAUCAUCUGAAAGUGGAGCUUUUUGUCAAUUUCCGAGACAAAAUUCAAUGCCGGCACCUCCAGCACCACCAGGUAGCGUAAGAUCUUUGCGUGCUAAGAAAGCAACUAGCAAACUGAGAAGAUCAGCACAAAUAGCAAAUCUCUAUUGGGUUCUCAAAGGGAAGCUUGAAGGCCGAGGCGUUGAAGGGAAAACAGGAAAAGCAAGUAAAGGGCAAAAGAAUGUUCCAGAGAAAUCUCCUGUUAAAGGUGCACGAUCAGGAAUGGCGGAUGCACUUGCAGAGAUGACAAAGAGGUCAAGUUAUUUCCAACAAAUCGAAGAAGAUGUUCAGAAAUACGCUAAAUCAAUUGAAGAAUUGAAAUCUUCAAUACAAAGUUUCCGGACAAAAGACAUGAAAGAAUUGCUAGAAUUUCAUAGCAAAGUGGAAUCUGUUCUUGAGAAACUAACUGAUGAAACUCAAGUUCUCGCGAGGUUUGAAGGUUUCCCUGAAAAGAAACUAGAAGCAAUAAGAACAGCAGGUGCCUUGUACAAGAAGUUAGAUGGGAUUUUAGUUGAGCUCAAGAACUGGAAGAUUGAACCUCCAUUAAACGAUCUUCUAGACAAGAUAGAACGUUACUUCAACAAAUUUAAAGGAGAGAUUGAAACGGUUGAGCGAACAAAAGACGAAGAUGCUAAAAUGUUUCAGAGAUACAACAUUAACAUCGAUUUCGAAGUUCUUGUUCAAGUCAAAGAAACAAUGGUUGAUGUUUCAUCAAAUUGCAUGGAGUUAGCACUAAAGGAGAGGAGAGAAGCAAACGAGGAAGCAAAGAACAGUGAAGAAAGCAAGAUGAAUAAUGUGAAAGCAGAGAGGGCUAAGAGGAUGUGGAGGGCAUUUCAGUUUGCUUUCAAAGUUUAUACAUUUGCAGGAGGUCACGAUGAACGAGCAGAUUGUUUAACAAGACAACUUGCACAUGAGAUUCAGACAGAUCCUGAUCAAACCGAUUCAUCGAACAUGUCUUGAAAACCAAAGAAAAAAAAAAGGCUUC